AUGGUUGGAAUAAACAAUCAAAUACCAGAAAGGAGCUAUUUUCAGGAAUACAACUUGCAAAUAACAUUCAGAGAACGAUGGUUAGACAAACGGCUCGCUUACAAAGACCGAUACCUCACUCGCAGUGACUUACCUCAUUUUCUGACUGUAACAUGGGUUAAGGAUAACAUUUGGAUACCGGAUACCUUCUUCCCGGACCUGGUUUACCGAUGGGAUACUGACGACGAACCAGUUCGAAAAAAAGGCGAAGUUGGACAGGACCUGCCUAAUUUUAAGCUGACUUCAAUAAGCACGAAUGACAACUGCACAAGUCAUACCACAACAGGCUCUUACGGAUGUCUCAGAAUGGAAUUGCUCUUAACCCGAGAAUUUAGUUACUACAUAAUCCAACUAUAUGGACCAACAGCCAUGAUUGUGGUAGUAAGCUGGGUAAGUUUUUGGAUUGACAUGCACUCGACAGCAGGGCGGGUUGCUCUUGGAGUUACAACACUUCUCACAAUGACGACACUGCAAACAUCAAUCAACGCUAAACUUCCUCCAGUCAAUUACGUUAAACUCGUUGACUACUGGCUUGGAGCUUGUCAAGCCUUCGUAUUCGGGGCGCUAUUAGAAUAUGCGUUUGUUUCUUACAAAGACAGUUGCUUGCAACAAUUACCAAGUGCCUCACCCGUGAAGAAGUCAAGAAAAAGAAGACCAAAAACUGAUUUAAUCGAGGAAAUAGAAACAUUCCAGCCGCCCUGCACGUGUCACUUGCUUCAACCUGAGCUCAGACAAACCCGAUCAUUAAUCCCUGAUUGGUUACGUAAGUAUUUUAUAAAACCGACGUACUGGCCAGCUCGAAUCGACUUUUACGCAAGGUGGAUUGCACCCAGCGGCUUUCUGCUUUUCAACCUUAUUUACUGGACUGUAUGUUAUACAAUUAAAAAAAUUGAAUAA